CUAUGAGAUUGGCUGUGCUAUGACAAAACGAUAUUUGCUCGGUUUGAUGUGAUUCGAUGCUUUUUAUUUACUUACCGCAGCUAAGAUUCGGGCUUGCAUUAUUUGUCCAACGAUCAAUCGUGUUACCGUUAUUAAACGCGUGUAUACAUAAAAAUAUCCUUGCAUCGACAUCAGAUUCGAGCAUUUACCUAAACAACACUCGAAACCGUGCGUUUAUUUGAGUGGAGGACGCGAGUUAUGUGUGGAGAAGAGGCUGCGUCACGUUACUUCCUGCUUUCACGAGCCAGCGGUUGGAGGAACUGCGUGGCUGAAAAAAAAGAAACUGACACGUGGAUUAUAAUGAACAGGAAAGACUGAUUUUCCUCAGUCCAUUUGUUGGUUGCAGAAGCUCAAUGGAUGCUGCAUAGACCCCGUAUGGAAAUGCUUCUGCAUAUAAACUUACCGAUUUCGUUUCUUUGCCGUUUUGCUUGUCGCGCGGACUGAGCCGAGAUCGUACACGAGGAGAUAAAACACAAACAAUAAUAUUGUCGUUGAAUGGCAGUUCUACAAAAACAUGGCAAGAACAGUAGUCCAGAUUCGGUCUGUACCAAGGAGAAGCCCGCAGAGAAUUUCGCACAAGCUGGACCACAGAAGAAGUGGGCUGAGUCGAGUCAAACCUGGACAAGGCCAUUAGUCAGAAUAUGGACCGUGGUUCUUUUGCUGGGGACGUGCCUGCUGUACUGCGCCCGUGUAGCGAUGCCUAUCUGUGCAGUGAGCAUGGCAGAGAAGUUCAGCUGGUCCAAAAGAGAGACUGGCAUGGUGCUGGGCAGCUUCUUCUGGGGUUACUGCUUCACUCAGGUCCUUGGAGGUUACGUCAGUGACAGGGUGGGAGGAGAGAAAGUGAUGCUGUUGUCAGCGGCGGCUUGGGGAGCGAUGACAGCGUUCACACCCAUCCUGGCCCAUUUUUGCUCCCAACCCAUCGUCUCCAUGACAAUCUCCCGGUUCCUAAUGGGGCUGCUGCAGGGUGUACAUUACCCAUCCCUGGCCAGCCUGUGCUCUCAGAAGGUCGUGGAGAGUGAGCGAGGUUUCCUUAUGAGCACUGUAGGAAGCGGCUCGUACCUGGGGACUUUGGUGAUAGGAGGCAUUGGCUCUCUCAUGUUGGAUCUAUAUGGCUGGGAGAGUGUGUUUUACAUCUCUGGUCUGCUGUCCUUGUUGUGGGCAUACUGCAUGUGGAAAUAUCUGCUCAAGGGAGAAGGUCCGAUCAUUACGCUGGAGUCUCUGGGCAGCGCUGGCACUCAGUCCAAAAUGUCUAGGAGAAAGUGGCUGCGACUCCUCAGACAACCAGCUGUGUGCGCUGUCAUUAUUACCCACUUGUGCACCGCCAGCACCUUCUUCACACUUCUGUCAUGGCUGCCAACGUUUUUCAAGGACACCUUCCCUGAUGCCAAGGGUUGGGUGUUUAACGUAAUCCCCUGGUUUGUGGCCAUCCCCUGUUCUCUGUUUAGUGGCUGCCUCUCAGACCAUCUUAUCAGUCAGGGUUUUGAUACAGCGUCAGUAAGAAAACUGAUGCAGUUCUUCUCUAUGGGUGUGUCCAGUGUAUUUACAUUGUGUCUGUGCGGGACCACCACCUUCCCCACAGCUGUUGCGUUUGUGUCCACUACUAUGGGCCUUACAACAUUCAGCCACUGUGGGGUUUCACUGAAUGUUCAAGAUCUGGCUCCAUCCUGUGCUGGAGCUCUGUUUGGGGUGAUGAAUACAUGUGGAGCAUUUUCAGGGGUCAUCAUGGUGUAUUUCUCGGGGUAUCUGAUCGAGGCCACCGGUUCCUGGGCGUCGGUUUUCGGCCUCAUCAGUGUUGUUAACCUCAUAGGUUUAGGGACAUUUUUAACAUUUGCAGAAGCUCGCAGAAUGGACAUAGAUAUAAUAAAGGGCCGUUACCACAACAUCCACAUCUGAAAGCAGAGAGGACGAAGAAAAAGCUUCGGGCACCAGAAAGGACCGUUUUAUAGAUCUGUUGCUUUUUUGUGUCUCCCAAACACUACAUGCUGUAAUAGCAACCAGGUACAGGGUGACUCUCUACAGUUACUGAAUGAUUCAUUUUAUUUUGCUUUGCUUGGUUUGUUAGGUUGAGGGGAAUAUUAGUAAAACAGAUAUAUAUUUAUGGGAGGUGUCUGAAGAGUUGAAGAGCCUUACUAGUGGCCAAAAUAUGAAUAGUGUUAAUAAUAAAUAUUUAAUUAUAUUUAUUGUGGCCUUUAAAGCACAAGUGAUUGGUAAGAGUAGCAGUAGAUUUAUUCAUAAUCACUUUGACCAAAGCAGUUAUUCAUGCAUUUGUUGCUUCUGGUAAAUACAACACGCACCGAACCAUCUAUUUAAAUAAUUGAAUUAGUCAGAAGAUGACCAAAGGCCAGAUUUAAUAUUGCUUUAUUAUCAUUAUUAUUACCACCAUGUACAAAUAUGCAGUCAUUGUUAUCAGUGCAAGACAUCUCACAGUGCAAGGUGUGUGUGUUUCUACAUUCAGUAUGGUUUGUUACAGCAGGGUGUGAUCUUUUAAUUGAAGAAAGUUACUGUUGUUAUUGGUCCUUUUUAGUUUCUGAGAACAGUUUCUGAUUGUCUCCGCUUUCGAAAGAUUUUUGUUUUAUCAUUUAUUAAUUUAUUAUUAGGGACCUUCUCUCGAUGCGGAACAAGAAGUUGCACAAUGAAUGUAUUACGGUUAUAAGCUUUUGAUAGUUGCAUCUAAUUGGAAAUUCAACCCCAAAAUCUACAGUAUAAUACAUUUAAUACCAUAUAACCACGAACUAAAGUGUAUUUUUGAGCUUUAGUAUACAGAAAGGUUAUAAAAGUGUUGUGGUGAGAUGAGUCGUUAAUGCAGAUGAAUUAGUCUUCCUUAUUCUAGAUGAUUCCACAUCUUCAGUGACUUAUACAAUUUUCCUGAUGGUAGAUGUGAAAUGCGAGAAGUGUUUUCCGAGGUAUUUAUUUUUUUAUUAUUUUGUAGUGUUCGGAAAGUUGAAGGUCAUCCUCACGCUCGCAGUACAAUCAGUCGGUUCCUCAAUACAGUACGUCAUAUUUUUGAAGAAAGACUAGAAUUGAAGAAAAAAAAGUGUUUUUCUUCAAAAUUAACUAUGCUUCGUCACUUAAUGUGCUUUAAAAAUCCUGCACAAUUCCUCCAUUACUGCAGGUUGUUGUUGUUAGAGACAAUUGUGAAAGAUUUUGCAAAGAAACAGGAAAACUUGAAUUAUUAAUACGACGCUGUUCUUUGUAAAUGUGUUCACAAAGGCACUUUGUGAUUACAUUUUUUUUGUACACAAAAUUAUGUAAAAUAUAAAAUUACAUGUAGAGAAUAUUACAAAAAAAUUAUUUAUUGAUUUAUAUUUGGGUGGAAAUGCUUUUAUAAUACAUGUAUGUUUAAACUAUAGGAAUUAUCUUACCUUUAAUAUGUUUUGUUUAGUCCCUGUUGUUUAUUGGUCAUGUAACUGUGUUAUAUGAAUGGGGUUUGUUCAAUUAUCAUGCCAACAAUAACUUGCAGUAUAUCAGUGACAGUCAACAUCAUCUGAAUAUUAUGCUUGUAUCAUUCCUUACUACAGAGGACAAUAAAAUACAAUAGAUGAUGAUUUAUGAAUUAAUGUCAUUAAGAUGAAAGUUUUGUAUUCUUGUUUUAGGGACAAAUGUAAUGAAAUGUAAAGCAAUGCAAUGUAAAUCCUGUAUUUGUAAACAUAUUUUGCUGAAAUAUAAAUAUAUAUUUUAUCAAGUGAACCAAU